GACGCGAUUCUGUCCGCGUUGGAGCGGGCGGGCCGCCGCCUGAGUCUCCGCGGCCGCCGUGUGACGUGGCACAGCCGAACACUUAACGCCGCGCCGGAGCCACCGCACCAGACGCCUAGCAGGUCCCGGUCCCGCUACGUCCUGUCCCGCGGCUUCGCCGACACUCCAGCCAGCGAGACAGGUCUUCAGCGUUUUCUCCUCCGCCCACUCGGUUGUGAGCCGGAACCGUGAAGGCCCGAGGGCGCACCAGACCCCCUCCUUUUGACCGUCAAGUGCCACCACCGCUAUGGGCCUCACCAUCUCCUCUCUCUUCUCGCGCCUGUUCGGCAAGAAGCAGAUGCGCAUUUUGAUGGUUGGAUUGGAUGCUGCUGGCAAGACGACAAUUCUGUAUAAACUGAAAUUAGGGGAAAUAGUCACCACCAUUCCUACCAUUGGUUUUAAUGUGGAAACAGUAGAAUAUAAGAACAUUUGUUUCACAGUAUGGGAUGUUGGUGGUCAAGAUAAAAUUAGGCCUCUCUGGAGGCAUUACUUCCAGAAUACCCAGGGUCUCAUUUUUGUGGUAGAUAGCAAUGAUCGUGAAAGAAUCCAGGAAGGAGCAGCUGUGCUGCAGAAAAUGCUUCUGGAAGAUGAGCUGCAGGAUGCAGUGCUGCUCCUUUUUGCAAACAAACAGGAUCUGCCAAACGCUAUGGCCAUCAGUGAGAUGACAGACAAGCUAGGUCUGCAGUCUCUCCGAAACAGAACAUGGUAUGUCCAAGCCACUUGUGCUACACAAGGAACUGGUCUGUAUGAGGGACUGGAUUGGCUGUCAAAUGAACUUUCAAAACGUUAAAUGAAGCUGGAUAUCUAACCAAGGACAUGUUUGAUAGAAUUGGUCUAGGCUUGUUACAACAAAAUUAGUUUGCAUCUUGGUUAUUAAAGGAUAUCUGAGACAGGUUUGGGCAGAAAUUACAGCGUUUAAAACUUGUUUUGUUGCCAAUUAUUGUUUACCAAGAACAAUGUUGCUAUUUAGCAAUAUGCUUGGGUUUAAGAGAAAUUCUCCUUGGGAAAGAAAAGUAUCCAUUAUUAUGCUUCCCUUGAACCUAAAUGCCUGGAUACAGAGCUAUCCUGACACCUUUAGACAGAUCUGAGUGGUUUUUGAGCCCAAAACAAUAAUGUUUUAAAGUUAUUCCCUUGAUACUUUACUGAGACCUUUAUCAUUCCUCAGACAGUCUGCUGAUUUAAAAAUGUAGCAUUCCAUUUGUAUUUAUUUCUACCCUUUGCCAAAAAGAUUUUUCUAAUAAUGCUUGUACAGGCCAAGGCCGUGGUCCAAAACACUAUUCAGUUUUCUUGUACUGAGGAUCCCCCCACCCCACCACCCUCACAUUAUUGACUCCUGGCUUCUAUCAGCCAAACUUUGAUGUGGUUUGGAUUUGAUAGCCAAUUCUGUGCUGGUUGCAAAGAGUUCAUAUUGAGAUAACUUUUAAUACUCAGCAGAUUGUCUUCCUUUAUAUUGUUAUCUUUUUUAUGUUGCAUGUUGCUUUUGGAAUCAGCCUGACUCUUUGCCCAGUAUAUGAUAGUUCUACUGGUAUUUUACUGUUUAUUGAUGAACAUAUCUUCAUUAAGAAUUUUUUGAAAACUCAUCAAAUUCAAUGAAUAAGUUUUCUUCAUAACCCAUUUGGAAUUAUUCCUAAUAAAAUGAUUUUAAAAAAC